AUGCUUUCUGCCCUCUGCGAGGCCUGGGGUUUCCUCAACACCGGCAUGGGGCCCGACUACCAUCAGAUUGGACAAGCAUUCCAGCAGUGGAACAAUGAAGGGGAACUGCAUGGCACUUUUCUUGUCGAGAUUGCCGCAGAUGUUUGCAAGGCAAGAAAACGUGACGGCGGCUACGUCCUCGACGACGUGCUCGACAAGGUCGUGCAAGACGGCGAUGCUUCAGAGGGAACGCCAUCAUGGUCAAUCGCAGAAUCCGCCUCGAGGCACAUAUCGUGCCCGACACUCGCCGCGGGACUUUUUUUCCGCACUGCUUUAGGGAAUCGCCAGGAACGGCUCAAGGUCGCCCAGAGCGUUGCCAUGCCCCCGCCAAGGUCCUUUCAAGACAUGAUGGACAAGGACAAGAUGGGGCUGGAGCUGAUUGCGCGGGAAUCGAUUGAUGAAGGCUGGAAUAUCCGUCUGUCCGGAUGCAUUCGAAUCUGGCGCGCGGGGUGCAUUAUACAGUCAGAGUUCAUCGCCGACAUACUGGAGCCGUUCCUCAACAUGAACAAGACGCCUACAAAUGCCAAACUCGACAGCCGCGUCGGGCGGGAACUGCAGCGCAACUAUGGCGUACUCAAGGAUAUCGUCUCUCGGGGGCUUGCGUACGACGACUACAUACCUGCCCUCUCCGCAACGCUCGAGUAUAUGAAGUGCAGCGGCGGGACGAUGCUGCCGACGAGAUUUGUGGAAGCUCAGAUGGAUUAUUUCGGGGCUCACUCAUAUGACAAGGCUGGUGUGCCAGGCGAAGACCCUGGGCCGGUAGCAAAAGGCGCACAUGACUACGAGUGGAAGCCUGCUUAG